AUGGCCAGAACCAAGCAAACCGCUCGCAAAUCCACCCGUGGCAAAGCCUACAGGAUGCAGCUCGCCACCAAGGCUGCGCAGGAGAGCCUCCCCGUUACAGGCCCGGCACCGUGUCUCAGAGAGAUCUGUCGUUACCAAAGCUCCACUGAGCUGCUCAUCCGCAAUGUGCCCUUCCAGCGCCUGGGGAGAAAAAUCGCCCUGUUCUUCAAGACCAACCUGCGCUUCCAGAGCUCCGCCGUGAUGGCCCUGCAGGAGGCCAGCGAGGCUUACCUGGUCGGUCUGUUCGAGGACACCAAACUGUGUGCCAUCCACGCAAAGAGGGUGCAUAUCGUGCCCUAG